AUCAUUAAAAUCUUUUACUCUCAUCUCAUCUUCAGCAAGAAAUUCAUCAGUCCAUCAAUACUGGUACCUACACAAGACAAGCCAUCUCUAUCCUGUAUCAUACACUUGUCACAAUGGGCGGUGCCGAAUCAAGAGAAGCUCACCAGAAAAUCCACAAAGCCUCACUGGAUGGUGUGACAUUCCCAAAGACAUUGGAGCUCAACUACGACCCCUCAUGGAAGAAACUCAAGCUAUCCCUCGACCACGGCUCUCAGCCGCUCUACAUGUUCAACCUACCACAAGGUUGGUGGGGGGACCUCAUCAUGUACAACGGCCCUACCCUGGAUUCUCCCCCGCUCGCAGCAGUCCGCAACUCUGGCAAGACAGCCAUGGGCAAUGUCGUCACGCUGCCACCUCUCGGCCCCGGCCAGGAAGUCAUUGAGGAGAAAAUGUCCCGCCGAACGAAACGCUUCAUGGACUUGUAUUCCUUUACCGUGCCCGUACCCCAGAGAGAGGGGGAGAAGACAACGCGACGUGUCGAGCGGUUCGAGUGGGUGGGCACAGGCGGGAAAGAGGUCAAGGACUUGCAUGAAUGGGUCCGUGGAUGGAAGCUCAGGCGAGUUGUGGAGAGCUAUGCAGAUGCAUAUGCGGGCUCGGAUGAUGAGAAGGAUGAGGAUGGAGACGUAUCGACGUAUGAGAACACGGACGGAGAGAUUCUGGCCGUCUGGGCGGAUGCGACGGGCCUGAGCAAAAAGGCUGCCAAGUUCGAGUUCAUUAAUAGUGGAGCGACCGGUGAGCUGGGGGAGGCGUGGGCCGUCAUGGCGGUCAUUACUUUUGUGAGAGUAUGGCAGAGAUAUAUGCAGGUGGUAAUGGUGUAGGCGGGAUACGUAGGCGAGGGAUGAGGCACGGGACGAAUUCGUGCUAAGGACGAGGUCGGAUACCGGCGUGGUUUGGGCCUAUUACAUUAUGUGGGAUGCCUGUAGAGGGCUUGUAAUAUAAGCAUAGAGUAAUUAAAAACUCCGUUUAUACGCUUUUGGAUGACUGAUCCGGGGCUGUAAACCGCACUUCUUGUAAGGCAAAA